AUGAACAAACGAGACUUGAUCGCUGGAGAGGCUGAAUUGGAUGAUGAAGAGGAUGAUGAGUCAUUUGACGAAGAGACUGGAGACGUCAGACGAAGAGUGAACGGAGAAAGCCGAACAAAUGGCGCAAAUGGCCACAUGACGGAUUCCAGUGAAGAAGACGACGAUGACGAUGACGAGGAGGCAGCGAGAGCUAAGACAAGAGAGAAAAAACGGCGGCGAGAGGAACGCGAAGAAGAGGAGGCAGACCUAGAUGAGGACGACCUUGACAUCAUUGGUGUGACAAAUGAGCGGCGCCCACAGCCAGAAUCUAAAUUUAAGAGGUUGAAGCGAGGCCACAAAGAUGACCGAGAGUCAAGACCAAAGGGCGUCGACGAUAUCUUUGAUGAUGAUGAAGAGGAAGAGCGCAUGCCUGACCGUUCCCGUCGCCUCGGAGAUGAUGAGUUUGCAGAUUUUAUCGAAGAGGAUUAUGGCGACGAGCGAGGGGAGGGUGAAGAAGACGACGAUGUGGCAGUAACGAGACGCCCGGCAAGAAACAUAAUUGGAGUCAAAGAGGCUGCCGGUCUGGACGAAGUCGCGAUCGAGGACAUGAAAGAGGUCUUUGGCGAUGGUCUUGAGUAUGACUGGGCUUUGGAAGCUCAAGACGCAGCCGACCUAAGAGAGCAAGGGCAACCAGACCCAGAAGACCCAGAUGCCCUCGAAAAAGGCAUUGAGUUGAAAGAUGUCUUUGAGCCUUCGCAGCUUGCCGACAGGAUGCUGACAGACGAAGACAAUCUCAUUCGAAUGACUGACGAACCGGAAAGAUUUCAGCUCGCUCGGAAGCCUUACAAGAACAUGGAAGUGACAGAAGAUGAGAGGAGGGAAGAGGCUGCUUGGAUCGCGAAUCUAAUAUGGCCAAAAAAGCGGCUCGAUGCAGAUUUAAGGGAACCAUUUCAAAAGGCUGUUGCAAAAGUCCUUGAGUUCCUGAAUACUGACAAUUGUGAAGUACCAUUCAUUGUUCAACACCGGAAAGAUUUUCUUAUCCACACCGUCAGAGUUCCUGUGAAUCCCGAUCCUAACAACCCAGAUGCACCUGAAUAUGUUUUGGAUGCUGUGAAAUUGGUGGACGUCACUGACCUUUGGGAUAUAUUUGACCAUGACCUGAAAUUUCGAGCCUUCCUGCAGAAGCGCGUGUCUUUACAACGAGUCUAUGACGAUCUCCAAGCCCUAGAUGAAAAUUUCAGCGAUCCAGUCAUAGAGGAACUCCUUCCCGAAGCAACCGCCUUGGAUGAUUUGCAAGACAUGCAGGACUAUCUUCAUUUUCAGCACUCAGCACGAAUAGCCGAUAUGGGAGCGUCAAAUGGAACCCAAACAAAUGGAACGCAACGCCGACCCGGAGCGUCGAAGGCGAUCUAUGAACGCAUUCGAAGUGGAAAAGUCUACGGUCUGGUGCAAGCUUUUGGUAUUACAGCAGAUGGCUUCGCACAAAAUGCAUCUCAGAAAGGCAAUCGACGGCGUUAUACAGAAGACCCAGUAGAACGACCGGAUGAUAUGGCCGACAGCGAUUCAAUAUUAGACCCACCCGAAUACUCUUCUGGCGCCCAGUGCCUCCGGGCGGCAAAGAACAUGUUCGCUGAAGAAAUCUUCAUGAGCCCACGCAUGCGAAAAUUCAUGCGUUUUCAGCUUUUUUUCAACGCUUUAAUUGAAUGCAAACGCACAGAAAAGGGUAUGCGUAAAAUAGAUGACCAACAUCCGUUCUACGAGAUCAAAUAUCUAAGAAACCAGCGUAUCAGAGAGCAUAUUGCAGCUGAUCCCGCCCGGUUUUUGAGGAUGCUUAGGGCAGAGGAGGAAGGCCUUGUCGAAGUGCGAAUCCGAAUGGAAGAUCGCUCCCGGUUUGUGAAAGGCCUUUACAAAGACCUAGAAUCCGACAAUUUCAGUGAGAUUGCUGACGCUUGGAAUCGAGAACGCCGAGAGACCCUUGAUAUGGCUCUUAUGAAGCUAGAAAGAGUGCUUACGAAGAAUGUAAAGGAGGGCUUGAGGACAGAGUGCGAGAAUCAAGUCGCAAAGGGUUGUAGAGAGGAAUAUAAUAAGCGACUUGAUCAAGCGCCAUACAAACCGAAAGGCAUGCAGCUGGGUACAAUCCCUAGGGUCCUUGCAAUGUCGAACGGGAGUGGAAAUUUUGGGAAGGACGCAGUGUGCUGGGCAUGGGUAGAAGAAGACGGACGUGUGCUUGAGAAUGGGAAAGUAGUUGAUCUUACUAUUGGCGACGCUGACCGGGGUACUGACGACAGCGCCGACGUGAAGGUGCUGGUAGAGCUGAUUGAACGGAGAAAGCCAGAUGUCAUCGGUGUCUCAGGCUUUUCUGCCGAAACCCGCAAGCUCUACAAGCAGCUUGAAGAGAUAAUUGAGCGCAAAACUCUCAAGUGCGCAGAGUACGAAGAUGAAGAUGGCAAUCCUAUAACUGACAAGCUGGAUGUCGUUGUCGUCAACGACGAAGUAGCCAGACUUUACCAAACAAGUGACCGAGCCAACAUGGAGCACCCAGGAUUUGCACCUCUCACCAAGUAUUGUGUCGGUUUAGCGAAGUACCUCCAGAACCCGAUGAUCGAGUAUGCUGCGCUAGGACGUGAUAUUGUGUCCAUCUCGUUCGAUCCUGACCAACAAUAUGUCCCUCAUGAGAAGUUGAUUAGCCAGCUAGAAACAGCCAUGGUUGACAACGUGAACCUAUGUGGUGUCAACAUCGAUGAGGUAACUACAAAUUCACAUCUAGCCAAUCUGCUUCCCUACGUAGCUGGCCUCGGAGCACGAAAAGCAGCGCAGCUACUCAAAGUCAUCAAUAUCAAUGGCGGCGUGGUAACAACAAGAGCGGAACUUGUUGGCGAUGAAGAGUCGAGCAAAUUGGCUGCUGUUGGCCCCGUUGUGUGGAAUAACUGUGCAAGCUUCCUUUACAUACCUUUCGAUAGCUCUGAAGCCGACAUGGACUUCUUGGACAACACCAGAGUACAUCCUGAGGAUUACGAUCUUGGUCGGAAGAUGGCCGCCGACGCUCUUGAACUCGACGAAGAAGAUAUUGAGGCAGAGAACAACGAGGGUGGCACUGGCGCUGUCGUCAGAAAGUUGAUUCGUGACGAGGCGCAAGACAAAGUCAACGACCUUGUUCUUGAAGAGUACGCCGAGCAAUUAGAGAAGAACUUUAACCAGCGUAAGCGUGCCACACUGGAAUUGAUUCGCGCCGAGUUACAGCAACCAUAUGAAGAGCUCAGGCACAAUUUCACAUUGAUAUCAUCAGAAAGCAUCUUCACUAUGUUCACUGGCGAGACUAGAGAAUCAUUAUGUGAGGGGAUGAUCGUUCCUGUCUCGAUCAAGAAAGUGGCAGACGACUAUGUUGAGGCAAAAAUGGAUUGUGGUAUUGAGGGUACAGUCCCCGCUCUUUCGAUCUCUAAUCGUCCAGAUGUCUCGGCCAAACAGCUUUUCUCACUUCACCAGACGGUACAAGCCAAGAUCACAUAUCUGAAUCGCAAGCAUUUGACUGCUAAUUUCUCCCUUCGCGAGGACGAGCUGCAACGGCCUUACAAGAAGGAGUAUGAUCGCGGUAUGGACGAGUGGGACGAAGAGGAAGAGCGUAAAGAUAAUGAGGCCAUGAAAGAGAAAAAUGAUGUGUCAGGUCGUACUCAACGAGUCAUCAAGCAUCCGCUGUUUAAACCGUUCAAUUCCACGCAAGCAGAGGAGUACUUAGGUUCGCAAGGUCGGGGGGACCUAGUCAUCCGGCCUUCGUCCAAGGGUCUUGACCAUCUCGCAGUAACUUGGAAAGUCUCCGAUAACAUAUAUCAGCAUAUUGACGUCUUAGAACUUGGAAAGUCAAACCAGUUGACCCAAGGUACAACUCUCAAGAUUGGCGGGAAAUAUACCUACAGCGAUCUUGAUGAAUUGAUUGUCAACCACGUCAAAGCUAUGGCUAAGAAGGUCGACGAGAUGAUGUUACAUGAGAAAUAUCAAAAUCUCAAUCGGACUGAAGUUGAACGAUGGUUGACGACAUAUACUGAGGCCAACCCCAAGCGAUCAGUUUACAAUUUCUGCAUCGACACGAAACAUCCCGGCUAUUUUUUCCUCUGUUUUAAGGCAGGCCAGCAUGCACAAGUGCAGCAUUGGAGUGUCAAGGUCGUGCCCCAGGCGUUUGAAUUACAGAAGAAUAUGUAUCCUGACAUGAGGGCGUUGUGCAACGGGUUCAAACUGAUCUUCGCGAACAUGCAGAGCAGUAGGCGGCGAUGA